UUAAAGUAAAUUACAAUUUUGACCAUAGUAGCUAACAAUUUAUUUUAUGUAGAUAUAGAUAAAUGAUUUCACUUUACAUCAUAACAAACUCACAUAAAUUAAUGAUGGGUCAAAUAGAGGAUGGGGUUUGUUAACAAGAAACCCGUCAAUGCCUCACUCUCUCUCCUUAAACUCAUCUCAAGAACACAAAAACCUUAGAAAAAACUAAAAAAAUUUAAAACAAAAUUUUGUUUAGUCAUCAAAAUGUCUCUUCUUUCCGAUCUCGUUAAUCUCGAUCUUUCUGGUUCCACUGAAAAAAUCAUCGCAGAAUACAUAUGGAUUGGUGGUUCUGGUGUGGACAUAAGAAGCAAAGCUAGGACCCUACCUGGACCGGUCUCUGAUCCUUCAGAACUACCAAAAUGGAACUACGACGGAUCUAGCACCAAGCAAGCCCGUGGCGAGGACAGUGAAAUCAUUAUACAUCCUCAAGCAAUAUAUAAGGAUCCAUUCAGGAGAGGCAACAACAUUCUCGUAAGUUGUUCAUAUCUAUAUUUGCAGGUGAUGUGUGAUGCAUACAACCCUCAAGGAGACCCGAUUCUAACUAAUAAACGUCAUAAUGCCGCAAAAAUAUUUAGCCAUUCUGACGUCAUUGCAGAAGAACCCUGGUUUGGCAUAGAGCAAGAGUAUACAUUGCUACAAAAAGAUGUAAAGUGGCCAAUUGGGUGGCCUAUUGGAGGGUACCCUGGACCUCAAGGACCGUAUUAUUGUGGGACAGGUGCUGAUAAAGCCUUUGGGCGCGAUAUUGUUGAUGCACAUUACAAGGCUUGUUUGUAUGCCGGAAUAAAUAUUAGUGGCACUAAUGGAGAGGUUAUGCCUGGCCAGUGGGAGUUUCAAGUUGGUCCAUCGGUUGGCAUCUCCGCCGGCGACCAGGUGUGGGUGGCUCGCUACAUUUUAGAGAGGAUAACUGAGAUCGCCGGAGUGGUUCUUUCAUUUGACCCAAAACCUGUUCAUGGUGAUUGGAAUGGAGCAGGUGCUCACACGAACUACAGUACAAAAUCAAUGAGAUCGGAUGGAGGUUUUGAUGUGAUAAGGAAGGCGAUUGGAAAGCUUGAAAAGAGGCAUAAGGAACAUAUGGCUGCUUAUGGAGAAGGCAAUGAGCGCCGACUAACCGGAAAGCAUGAGACGGCAGAUAUCAAUAACUUCAAUUGGGGUGUAGCGGAUCGUGGCGCAUCAGUUAGGGUUGGAAGAGAAACGGAGAAGGCAAAUAAAGGUUAUUUUGAGGACAGAAGGCCAUCAUCGAAUAUGGAUCCUUAUGUUGUCACUUCAAUGAUUGCUGAGACAACCAUUAUCUGGCAGCCUUGAGUCUUUUGAACACUCAUGUUUUGGCAUCUUUGUGAUCAUGGGUUGGAUCAAGGAUUUCUAGCUAGUAGUGCUUAGUUCUAUUUAUUAUUUAUUUUAAAAGAGUUGUUAUUUUUCGAUUACGUUUCUUGGUCUUUAGGUGCAAAUAGUUAGUAGUAGAAGUAAU